AUGACAGUUUCCUACAGUCUUGAGGUGGCCAAUGCCAGGUUUGCUGGCUUUUCCAGGCUCCUGUUCAGGUGGAAGGGAAGCAUCUACAGGCUGCUCUACAAGGAGUUACUGGUGUUUUGUAGUGUUUAUUUGUUUUUCAGUUUGUUUUACAGGUUUCUCCUCACACGGAGGCAGCAGGAUCUGUUUGAGCGUAUCGCCCUUUACUGUGAUCAGUUCACCAACACCAACUACAUCCCUGUUUUGUUUGUGCUUGGUUUCUAUGUCACCUUGGCCUUUAAUAGGUGGUGGGGUCAGUACACCAGCUUCCCACUGCCUGACAACCUGAUGAUGGUGGUGUCUGGGAACGUCCACGGGACUGAUGAGAAGGGCCGUCUGCUGAGACGAACCCUCAUGAGAUAUGCCAAUUUAUCUUCAGUCCUUAUUCUCCGCUCCAUUAGCACAAGAGUUCACAAGCGGUUCCCAACUUUGGACCACAUUGUGGAGGCUGGAUUUAUGACCUUGGAGGAGCUGAAAAAGUUUGAGUCACUGCACUCUGACUUCAACAAGUACUGGAUGCCUCUGACGUGGUUUUCAAACCUGGCGUCCAGAGCGAGAGAGGAGAGCCGAGUGAGGGACGACAUAGCUCUGAGGCUGCUGAUGGAUGAACUCAAUAACUACAGAGCAAAGUGCAGUCUGCUGUUCCACUACGACUGGAUAAGCAUCCCUCUGGUCUACACUCAGGUAGUAACUAUUGCAGUUUACUCAUUUUUUGGCUUCUGUGUGAUUGGCCGACAAUUCCUGAAUCCCGAGAAAGGUUACAAGGACCACAGACUGGACUUGUACGUCCCUGUUUUUACCCUGCUGCAGUUCUUCUUUUACACUGGCUGGCUCAAGGUAACACAGCACCAUCAUGUAUAA